UAGAUGGUAUCAUUAAGAAACGUAGACAAGAAAUCGAAAAUGGGUCACCUGUGAAUUUUAAUUUCUUAGAUCUACUGUUGGUUUCCAACACGCAACGUGAUUUUGAAAAUUUUGAAGAUGAACCGCCUAUGAAUGACAUUGAAAUUAAAGCCCUUCUUGCUGAAGCUAUUGCUGCUUCGGUCGAAACGGUUAGCAGUGCCGUUUGUUUCCUCGUUUAUAAUGUGGCAAAAAAUCCAAAAGUUCUUGAGAAAAUCCGUGCAGAAAUUCUUGAUGUCUUUGGUCCGGACAAAAACUCAACAAUUACUUAUGAAAACCUUGAAAGAUGUCACUAUAUUGAUGCAGUAGUCAAUGAGUCUAUGCGUUACAAGGCUCCAGCACCGGCAAAUAUGCGUAUUCUUGAAGGCGAUGAAGUUAUAGGUGAACAUUAUUGGCCAUCUGGAACUUGGUUCUGGCUUAAUAAUGAUCGUAUAAUGAAUCAUCCAAAUAACUGGAAUGAACCUGAGCAUUUUAAUCCUGAUCGCUUUCUUAAUAAAGAACUUGGUGGCACUGGUGAGAAAAUACGAAAGUGUAUGUUUAUACCAUUUGGUGGAGGUAUAAGAAUGUGUCCUGGCCGGCAGUUAGCGCUCAUAGAGAUUAAAAUGAUAAUUAUUUUACUCUAUAGAAAGCAUAGUUUUGAGUUAGUUAAUGAAAAUGAGCCGGUUAAAUAUUAUUUUAAUGGAAGUAGUCAUGUAUAUGACUUAAUGGUUAGGUUAGUCUUAAAAUGA